AAGGGAGGGAGGGAGAGAAAGAGGGAGGAGGCUGGCCCGCCCAUGGUCACUCUUGUGCCUCUCAACAGCCACAGGGGCAAAGCUCUGUCAUCCAUAGGAUCCAGUCGCCAGGGAACAGAACCGAGAGACCAGAAGAGGGCCAGCUGGAGCCAGGGGGGUGGAGGCUCAGGAAGCAGUCUCUGAAAGGGGCAGGGACCAGGCACAGGAGGCCAGGGGCCCAGAGAACAGACUCCCCUCAGAAGUGCAGAAGAGGAGAGCGGAAGGAACUGAGGGAGGGACAGACAGGAGCCUAAGGAGGGGGAAAAAGGGAAAGAGGAGGGGGAGAAAGGGGUCAGGCCCUGCAGCCAAGGAGGAGGCGUGCGGCUGGGAGCUGCAGGCAGGAAGCUAGGGACAGAACUGGCCCCGCGUGCUGUCCCCUGAAGCAGUGGCAUCCCCUGGAGGUGCGGGUAUAGGCAUCAUUGGUCAGACCAAGAUGUGUCUCUAAGGGCAGCAAGGAACACUUCACCAUGGCCCUCAGAGCCCUCUGGAGCUGCUAUCUCUGCUGUCUGCUGACCAUAGCCACGGAAGCUGCCAGCUACCCUCCUCGGGGUUACAGCCUCUACACAGGGGGUGCUGGGGCCCUCAGUCCUGGGGGACCCCAGGCCCAGAACUCUCCACGGCCUGCCAGCCGCCACAGGAACUGGUGUGCCUACGUGGUGACUCGGACAGUGAGCUGCGUCCUUGAGGAUGGAGUGGAGACCUUUGUCAAGCCAGACUAUCAACCCUGUGGCUGGGGCCAGCCCCAGUGUCCCCGGAGUAUCAUGUACCGGAGCUUCCUUCGCCCUCGAUACCGGGUGGCCUACAAGACAGUGACAGACAUGGAGUGGAGGUGCUGUCAGGGUUAUGGGGGAGAUGACUGUGGAGAGGGCCCUGCUUCUGUGCUGGGCCCCACACCCUCCACACCACUUCCCCGGCCCAGGCCUGCACGCCCCAACCUCUCUGGCUCCAGUGCCGGCAGCCACCUCAGUGGACUAGGAGGAGAAGGUCCUGGUGAGUCAGAGAAGGUGCAGCAGCUAGAGCAGCAGGUAAAGAGUCUGACCAAAGAGCUACAAGGCCUUCGAGGUGUCCUGCAGGGAAUGAAUGGGCGCCUAGCAGAAGAUGUACAGCGGGCUGUGGACACAGCCUUUAAUGGGAGGCAGCAGCCAGCAGAUGCAGCUGCUCGUCCGGGUGUGCAUGAAACCCUCAGUGAGAUCCAGCAGCAGCUGCAGCUCCUGGACAACCGUGUCUCCACCCAUGACCAGGAGCUAGGCCACCUUAACAACCAUCAUAAUGGAGGCACUGGUGGAGGCGACAGGGCCUCAGCCCCUGUCCCCGUUCCUUCUGGCCCCAGUGAGGAACUGUUGAGGCAGCUGGAACGGCAGCUGCAGGAGUCUUGCUCAGUGUGCCUGGCAGGGCUGGAUGGCUUCCGCCAGCAGCAGCAAGAGGAUAGGGAGCGGCUGCGAACCCUGGAGAAGCUAAUGUCCUCUAUGGAGGAGCGGCAGCAGCAGCUUAUGGGACCUGCCAUGGCCAGAAGACCCCCUCAGGAGUGCUGCUCCCCGGAGCUGGGUCGACGAGUGUCCGAGCUGGAGCGGAGGCUAGAUGUAGUGGCUGGCUCAGUGACGGUGCUAAGUGGACGCCGAGGUUCUGAGCUCGGAGGAGCAGCUGGGCAGGGGGGCCACCCUCCAGGCUACACCAGCUUGGCCUCCCGUCUUUCUCGCCUAGAAGACCGCUUCAACUCUACCCUAGGUCCCUCAGAGGAGCAAGAGAAGAACUGGCCUGGAGGACAAGGGAGACUGGGUCACUGGUUGCCUGCUGCUCCAGGAAGGCUGGAAAAGCUGGAGGGGCUACUAGCCAAUGUAAGCAGGGAGCUGGGUGGCCGUCUAGAUCUGCUGGAAGAACAGGUGGCAGGGGCUGUUCGGACUUGUGGACAGAUCUGCUCUGGGGGGCCUGGGGAACAGGAUUCUCGGGUCAGUGAAAUCCUGAGUGCCUUGGAACGCAGGGUGCUGGACAGUGAGGGCCAGUUACGGCUGGUGGGCUCAGGCUUGCACAAAGCAGAGGCAGCAGGGGAGGCUCAACGGGCCACGUUGGAGGGACUGCAAGGGCUCUUGGGCCGGCUUCAGGAGCGCAUGGAUGCCCAGGAGGUGACCGCAGCAGAACUCUUACUGCGCCUCAAUCUUACUGCCGCCCAGCUAAGCCAGCUGGAGGGUCUGCUGCAAGCCCGUGGAGAUGAAGGCUGCGGUGCCUGUGGUGGUGUCCAGGAGGAGCUGGGCCGCCUUCGGGACGGCGUGGAACGUUGCUCCUGCCCACUGUUACCUCCGCGGGGCCCUGGAGCUGGCCCAGGGGUUGGGGGACCAGGCCGUGGGCCUCUGGAUGGUUUCAGUGUGUUUGGGGGCAGCUCAGGCUCAGCCCUCCAGGCCCUUCAAGGAGAACUCUCUGAGGUCAUUCUCACCUUCAGCUCCCUGAACGACUCAUUGCACGAGCUCCAGACCACUGUGGAGGGCCAGGGUGCUGAUCUGGCUGACCUGGGGGCCACCAAGGACAGCAUCAUCUCUGAGAUCAACAGGCUACAGCAGGAGGCCACAGAGCACAUUACAGAGAGCGAGGAGCGCUUCCGAGGCCUGGAGGAGGGCCAGGCACAGGCAGGCCAAUGCCCUAGCUUAGAGGGGCGAUUAGGCCGCCUUGAGGGAGUCUGCGAACGACUGGACACCGUGGCAGGGGGACUGCAAGGCCUACGUGAAGGCCUCUCCAGACAUGUGGCUGGGCUCUGGGCCGCAGUACGGGAAAGCAACAGCACCAGCCUGACACAGGCUUCACUGCUGGAGAAGCUGCUGGGGAGCCAGGCAGGCCUGGGCAGGCGGCUGGGUGCCCUCAACAGUUCCCUGCUGCUCCUAGAAGACCGUCUGCAGCAACUUAGCUUAAAGGAUUUCACUGGACCUUCAGGCAAGGCUGGGCCCCCUGGGCCUCCUGGGCUACAAGGGCCUCCAGGCCCUGCAGGACCUCCAGGACUUCCUGGCAAAGAUGGACAACGGGGGGCCAUUGGACCACCAGGUCCUCAAGGUGAACAAGGAGUGGAGGGAGCGCCAGCAGCCCCCGUGCCUAGGGUAGCAUUUUCGGCUGCCCUGAGUUUGCCUCGGUCAGAACCUGGCACAGUCCCCUUCGACAGAGUCUUGCUCAAUGAUGGAGGCUACUAUGAUCCAGAGACAGGUAUAUUCACUGCGCCACUGACUGGACGCUACUUGCUGAGCGCUGUACUUACUGGGCACCGGCAUGAGAAAGUAGAGGCAGUGCUGUCACGCUCCAACCUGGGCGUGGCCCGCAUCGACUCGGGAGGCUACGAACCGGAGGGACUGGAGAAUAAGCCCGUGGCCGAAAGUCAGCCCAGCCCAGGCGCUCUGGGCGUCUUCAGUCUCAUCCUGCCCCUGCAGGUCGGAGACACUGUCUGUAUCGAUCUGGUCAUGGGCCAGCUGGCACACUCGGAGGAGCCGCUCACCAUCUUCAGCGGAGCCCUGCUCUACGAGGACACAGAGCUUGAACAGGUGUAGACAGGGUGGGCCCGACUACCAAAUUUAUCUACAGGGGCUGCAGAGCCAUCUGGAUGGCGGCUCCUCACCAAGGCAGGGGCAAAUCUGGAGACCAUGCCUCGCUGCAGUUCAGGCAUCCAAACCGGCAGUCGUUGUGACUGCGUGGUCUCUGGGACCGAGGUGGCUCCUCUUGACUUUUGGCCUCACUGCCGUCCCCACUAGAGGCUUCUCCAGGACCCAGGCUGCGGAAGAGGAACCGAUCCACUAGGGCUCUCUCCAGUCCACACCACCGUACUAAACUAUUCAGGAAUAAAGACACUUUUUUUUUCUAGAAAACAUAGCUAUUCUUCUCUAGUACAUGUUCAGGGGUAGUUAAGGGACAGGACAGGAGGACAGAGUCCUACGGAGGGAACCUAGGCUGGUGGUCUAGAAUGCGCUCCCUGCUACGGACGCCUGCAGACUCAGGGUCAUGGCCGCCGGUCCCACAGCGGCCGCUAGGGGGCACUGGGCCAUAACUACCGCGAAGGCUGACAGCCUUCCCCGUCACGUAAUACCGCUAAUCUGGCGGGGGGGGGAGGGGCCUCGGCAGGGUGGGCUACAGCGGCGGUGCAAGGGAGAGGAACGCAGGCUCUGGUGCUCCGCCUGUGGAGGAGAGGUUUCUGUUGCUAGACUGAGCUUGUCCGGGUGGUCCAGGGUCUGCAGAGCAGCAGGCGCAGAGGGACGGGAAAGGCGCCGCAUUACAAGUGCGCUUUCGCUUUGACGGCUGAGGCAGAAAAGUGAGAGGGUCUGCCAUUGGCCGGACUAGGUAACCAAACCCUUGCAACUGCAAAAAACUCCCUGCGGGAGGAGCUCUGCAUGCAGAGGAGGAGCCAAGGUAGCCUGUGAGAAGUUGGGACACGGUCCUCUGGUAGAUAAGAGGAGGAGCCCGGCAGGAAUCCCCACCGCUUGCGGGUAGGAAGCUUGGGGAGCAGCCUCAUGGAAGAGAAGCAGAUCCUGUGCGUGGGACUGGUGGUGCUGGACAUCAUCAAUGUGGUGGACAAAUACCCAGAGGAAGACACAGAUCGCAGGUAGGGGCGCCCAGGCCCCUCGGAGAUACCAGGGCCUCUGUGGCCCUGUCUUUUUGCUUGUCACUGCUAAUCGGCUGCUAAACCAGGGAUAGUCCUCUCUGUCUCCAUGCAGUGAGGCCUGAGUUCAGCUUGGAGUGCAGGUGUUCUCUGCCUCGGAACCCUAAGGGUACCCUGCAAGAAUGAAGACAUGAGACUGGAGAUCUUUAAAACCAAGACCCAGGAGUGUGUUGUUUUGUUUUAACGGGGUCUUGCUUUGUAGCCCAAGCUGGCCUAAACUCCUUUAGCCUCCAGAAUUAACAAGAGUGCUACCGUAUGCCUGAAUCAAGACCCAGGCUUUCACUAGUGUGUAGUUAGCUGGUUACCAUUUCAACCUGUCGAUCAUCAAAAUCCUCAGUUUACAGAGUGGGCUGAAAUGGUUUUUAUCCCUCCUAAGGCACACACCCGAUAAGGUGCCAGACAAAUUUUCCUCAGCUCCCCCGUCUCCCAACUCCUAGCCUGUGCACUUCUAAUUAACCGCUUACUGAUAAAAUAAAACACCAGGUCUCUAACAGU